AAAACAGAUCACCGGGGGUCUCACAGCACACAGUCGCGCUCACAAACUCUUCUGUUGUUUUUGUUUCCCAAACUUCUCCGAUCCGGUUCCGUGCGCGCGGCGCGCAGAUGAAAACUUCUUUCGUUCUCUCUCAGUGAUGGACCGUAAAAGUUAGAAGCAGCUCCUAGAAGAAACUUUCCGCCUCGGAGCCGCCGUCUGUCGCGCAGAUCUCGCUCGGGGUUUGAUGGAUGUUCGCGGGACGCGCUUCUGUUUUCCGGAGCCACAAAGUUUGCAGUGAAGAAAGAGUUUGAUCGCGCGAGUUUGGAGCUUUGAGUCACUUUUCAGAGCUGAAGACAUCAGAAUGGAGACCAGCGUUCCCACAGAGAAGAAAGACUGUAAGUCGUCUGCUUUGGAUGGAAACGGCUUCAGCGAGCUGCCCAAAAAACCUUCCCCAUCAUCCCUGGCCAGAGGCCCUCAUCACAUCUUCCCGACUUUCCAUUCUCCGAUCCCCAUCGACGUGCGUCAUCACGAGGGGAGAUACCACUACGAGCCCCAUGCGCUCCACGCUCUGCACGGCGCUGCAGGUUUGGGAAGCAGUCCGCUGAUCUCCGACAUCUCUCUGAUCCGUCUGUCUCCGGGAGCGAGCGAGUCCAGCUUCCUCCCGCCGCACACCUACAUCUCUCCACACGUGGAGCAUUACCUUCGCUCGGCUCACAGCAGCCCAACGCUCUCCAUGAUCUCAGCCGCACGAGGACUGAGUCCAGCCGACGUGGCUCACGAGCACCUGAAGGAGCGAGGUUUGUUCGGUUUGCCCCCUCCGCCCCCCGGUGCGACCCCUGCAGACUAUUACCACCUGAUGACGGGCCACCGGACCCCGUACGGAGAGCUGCUGAUGCAGGGGGCCGGAGCCGCUCACCUGCCCGAAUACUUCACUCCGGUGGACGUGUCACGGUUUCCCAGUCCUCGUGUGACGCCGCGCUUGAGUCGGAAGCGAGCUCUGUCCAUCUCUCCGCUCUCAGACGCCAGCAUCGACCUGCAGACCAUGAUCCGCACCUCGCCCAACUCUCUGGUGGCCUACAUCAACAACUCUCGCUCCAGCUCGGCCGCCAGCAGCUCUUAUGGACACCUGUCCGUCGGAGGCAUCAGUCCGUCGUUCCCGUUCCCACACUCCAUUAAUCCGGUGGCGUAUCAGCAGCUGUUGUCCCAUCAGAGAGGGCUCAGUGCGUUCGGACACACGCCUCCGAUCCUCCAGCCGUCUCCCAUGUUCUCCAGCAGACCCCCGCUGAGCCUCUCCUCGCUGCAGACGCCCGCCUCCAGCGACCCCGAGACCAGGAACACAAAUGGCGACUCUGCAGUCAGCAGCACGGUAAACCCACUGAACAACAAGAGGUCAAAGGUCAAGACCGAGUCGGACGGGCCGCGACCUGCGUCGCCUUGCUCUCCGGACCAUCCGGGCGGCGCAGUGGACCUGAAGGAAGACUUGGACGACUGCAAACAGGAGGCUGAGGUGGUGUACGAGACCAACUGCCACUGGGAGGGCUGCAGCAAAGAGUACGACACGCAGGAACAGCUGGUGCAUCACAUCAAUAACGAACACAUCCACGGGGAGAAGAAGGAGUUCGUGUGCCGCUGGGACGAGUGUUCACGCGAGCAGAAGCCCUUUAAAGCGCAGUACAUGCUGGUGGUUCAUAUGCGCAGACACACUGGAGAGAAACCACACAAGUGCACUUUCGAGGGCUGCUCUAAGGCGUAUUCUCGCCUGGAGAAUCUGAAAACACACCUGCGCUCACACACCGGAGAGAAACCCUAUGUGUGUGAGCACGAGGGCUGCAACAAGGCCUUCUCCAACGCCUCGGACCGAGCCAAACACCAGAACCGCACACACUCCAACGAGAAACCCUACGUGUGUAAGAUCCCGGGCUGCACGAAGCGCUACACCGAUCCCAGCUCGCUCCGGAAACACGUCAAAACCGUCCACGGCCCCGAAGCUCACGUCACCAAGAAACAACGCGGCGACCUGCCAUCCCGACCUCAUCCGCCCAAGGAAAAUGGAGAGAACGAAGCGGGAGCCAAACUUUUAGGCCGGACGGCGGAGGAGAAACUCGAAGCCAACAGCACGACUAGAGGAGUCGAGGACUAUCUGCAGGUCAAGUCCAUAAAAACGGAGAACUCUAUGAUGUAUCAGUCCAGCCCUGGUGGUCAGUCAUCAUGUAGCAGCGAGCCGUCACCACUUGGCAGUGCCUCCCACCAUGACGGUGGAGUAGAGCUGACGGGACUCAGCGGGGGCAGCAUGGGAGAUCUGAGCGCUCUGGAUGACGUGCCCCUUGUGGAUUCAACCGUCUCCACAGGAAUGUUAGGCCUUCAUCUUAGGAAGAACGCUAGCCCUGCUUACAGACUCAUGCACCUGAAGCAGGAAAAGCUGAAGCUGGUGAGGGACUCGUGCUCCUGGGUAAACCCAACUCCUCCUGCCCCCUGCACCAAGCUGCCACCCAUCAAUACCGGUUCUUUAUUGGAAGGUUCUAGCGGUCUGAUUGAUCCAGGGCUUUCCAUCUCCAGCCCACACCUGGGUGACCUUUGUCCCGGGGAGACGACAGUUCUGAGUCAGUUGGUGGAGCGUCGUGAUAGCCUCGCCAGCACCACGAGCUCGGCUUACCUCCUCAGCCGUCGUUCAUCGGGAAUCUCGCCAUGCUAUUCCAGUCGUCGGUCCAGCCAAACCUCGCAACCUGGUGGCCGUCUUAACAACAUCAGCUCUACUGGCUCCUACGACCCCAUUUCCACCGAUUUGUCUAGAAGGUCCAGCGAGGCCAGCCAAUGUGGAGGACUCCCCAGUCUACUCAGUCUGACUCCUGCCCAACACUACAGACUCAAAGCCAAGUAUGCUGCUGCAACAGGAGGCGCUCCACCCACCCCUCUUCCUAAUAUGGACUGCAUGAGUCUAAGGACUCGGAUGGCCCUGUUAGGGGAUUCCCAUGAAACGGCCACUCUCCCUAUGCAUCCCCCUUCAGUUCCCAGAAGGUGUAGUGACACCAGCUAUGCUAACCGUAGCAUCUUGCCCCAUGAGGUGACAGGAAACAUCACUCGAAGAGCGAGCGACCCAGUUAGAAGAGUAGGCGCAGAGCAGCAUUCCCUCCAGCAACGUUACAACGGCUCGUCCUAUCAGUCGUUACACCCUCUUGCAUCCAGUCGACACUUUUCGCAAAUCAACACCCUGUCUGAGGGUAAUGUAAACCACCACAUGUAUCCACCCCGACCUCCAAGCAUUUCUGAAAAUGUGGCGCUAGAAACCGUGGCGAGUGAAAUAGACAAUGGUCUUGAUGAUGCAGUGAUGUUGCCUGAUGAUGUCACUCAGUACCUUACAUCUCAAAAUAAAGAUUCUGUCCAACAUGCUGCGACAGCGUACCGCCACCACCCUGGACAGAGCAUCCACAGCUUUGGCUCCCCGCAGGAGUCCCAUUACCAGAGACGCCUAGCCUUGGUGGAGGGCAACUUGAAUGCCGUAACACGUCAAACUGCAGCUCCGAGUUCCCAGCAGACGUUUCCAGGUUCCCCCAGUGACACUAAGAGCCAGAUGCCGGUGCAGUGGAAUGAGGUCAGUUCAGGGACAGUCGAUUCAUCUCACAGCCAAACCAAGCAGGGAUCAGGGCGGGGAAACCUCACCGCACUCCAACAAAAACAAAACCUCAGCCCUUUUCUGAGCGUCAGCUCCAACCAACAAGUUGGGCUGAUGAGUCACAACCUCGCUAACGCUGCCCAGCAGAAUCACGUGCAACGGAAUAACGAGUUUAAUUCCCAGAGGAUCAACCAGAAGCAACCACUACGCCCAGCUAACACAGAGCAGGUGAACUUUCUGUAUGGUUACCAUCAGGGCUCUGCUUUGAAUGACAUCAGUGUAGGUUUGUUGAGCCCAUCUGGUAAAACGCUGACGGCACAGCCUGGCAGCAUCCAGAAUAACAGGGUACGAGCUAGUCAAAGCAAUGCCACUUUUCCAAAUAAUCAGGGAAAUUAUUCCCAGAUGAGCAUCAACCAACAAGGCUAUGGCAUUCCGGCCCAGAAUCCAAUGCUGAACGGAAACCACGGACUGCUACAGCCAAGGCCGCCCACAGAACCUAAACCCUACAGUGGGCAGCUCUCAGCGCCAACAACAACUGCAGCGCAGCAACUUUGUUACCCACAAUCCAACUUUAGCCCUACGUAUGACACCUCCGAGGCCAGUUCCAAAAAAUCAGCUGACGUGGGUGUUAACAGCACAAAUACCAACGGCAUGUUCUACACUGGGCAGAUUCACAUGUUCCAUUCCAGCAGUCUGGGAAUGGCGGAUGCAGAGUGCGCAGCUAUGGUCGCAAUAGGCUCCCCUGAAACAAAUCAGGUCUCCAGCACAGUGGAUUCAAACGGAGAAGAGCAUCCACAGAUCGACUUUGAUGCUAUGCUGGAUGAUGGCGACCACUCCAGCCUCAUUUCCGGAACUUUAAGCCCCACCCUCCUCCGCAGCCUAUCCCAGAAUUCCUCUCGUCUCACUACGCCCAGGAACUCAGUGACGUUGCCUCCGGUACCUGCAGGAAUCGGCAACAUGGCCAUCGGAGACAUGGGCUCCAUGCUGACUGCCCUCGCAGAGGAGAACAAGUUCCUCAAUAUGAUGUCAUAGGAAAAACAGCAAGCACACGAUUUAAAGAGAAGGUUUUUAAAGUGUAUGACUUUGAACAAGGACAUAAUAUUGCGUAAACAUUUUACAUGCUUUUUAAAAGUGUAUUGUUAUGUAUAGUAUUAGUUUUUGUCCUUUUGUUUUGUUCAAGAAGCCAUACUUUGCCUUAGACCAGUGUAUGUACAGCACAUAUGAACAGACAGAGAAUUUGAUAAGCGACAGUCCUGUAUUUUUAUACGACUUCUGAAUUGACGACAUGAACACAGGAACAAGUGCCUCGCUGUGCACGAGCACAUGCAGGAAUUUCAUUACUCUAGCAGAACGGGACUGUGUCUUAUCGAGAGGUUUUGUAUAUUCUGUAAAUUAAAUGUAAUAUUAUGCUUCCUAUCCUUGUUUUUACUAGACAGGAGAGAGGUCCCAAGUGAACGUGCAGAUAAAAUAUUAUGAAACAUUAUGAAAGUGUGGUUCAGAUUCAGAAAUCACAAAUUUUUGUUUUGAUUUACUGACGACCUGAAUGGACUCACAGGAACAUAACAGCGCUUUAAAGAGAUUGCAUUCCUCAAGUCUGAACCGAACUCAACACAAACUGAUUAUAUUGAACUGUUGAACUCAAUAUACAGAAACUGUCCUGUUGUACACAGAUUCAUUUAACAAGGCUGGAUCAUGUAGAUAUCUUUUGUACAUUUUUUAUGAAAUACAAUAUUGUUGUUUUUCUACUACAGUGUUGUUUGCUUCUUCAUUCUAGAUGCAAGGCAUUUGUGAAGAGUUUAAUGCCUUAAGUUUAGAUGCAUUGCAUUCAGUGUACUUUCCCUGGGAAUCAUUGCCUUUGUUAACACCAUGCAUGAGCUACAGGAAAUGAGUUUUUGGACCUUCCUAGUUCUUGUGAUGACAGUGUUUGAGUAUUGAUGGAUGUAGAACGUAAAUGCUGGUAAUGCAUUGCUCUUACAUGUUGGCCAAGUUGGGCAAAAACAAGUUGGGCAACAGUCAUGUGACUUUAGAAAUAGUUUUUUUAGUUUUUGUUUGAGAGUGGGCUGCUUUAAGAACACUGAAUGUACGUCGUAUGCAUACUGAGUAGGUUCUGGAGUAAACCACCAUGUUUUCUCAAAUGAACAGUGGCAGACUGACCUCAGAGGAGCGACUGCAUAAACCACAUAAAACACACACUUGAAGAAGGAAACGGUCCUGGGACGAGGUCUUCGGAGGAAAAGCCUCAGGAACAAAUGGUUUUAUUCUGACAGUGAAUUCAGCCGAGGCCUCGUUUGAUCUCCUGUUUCUGAUAGCUGAAAUUUCGUAUUCUCUCUGAGAAAUGAAAGAGCCGGGAAAAUAGCCUUAGGAGGAAUAGCCAGAGGAUGAGAAAGAAAAAGAAAAAAUGGGGGGAAAAAGCGUUGAAGUCUGAGAGCGGACAAAAGGGAAAUUGCCAGAGCGCAUACAGAGGGUUGAAAGGCAUUGUAAAGACGCGACCCUAGUGACCUUCUGAGAGAUCUGCAUUUGCCUUAAAUGAUAUAAGACAGUUAAAGUGUGCAUGCUAUCUAGAGCAAUUUGUUUAGAAAAAUGAGACUAAUUUUAAUCAAAAAUUUAAUUUUGAAUGUUUUUUUAUUUUUUUACAAAAUUUUCUGACAUGCUAUUGAUUGCUUUGGACUUCAAAACACUUUUGCAGUAAAGGUCUAUGGGGCAAGAAUAAUAGAUUUUUAAGCAAUUAAAAGCAUUUUUCUGUAUAGAUGAACUUUUGGUUAUGUGUUUCUGACGUUAUUCCCAAAGAAGGAUUGUCUUUAAGUGUUGUGUUACGUCACAUCAUUUUUGUAUCCUUACAUUUAAAAACCCUUUAUGAGUUAUUUCACCAAAGAAUGGAAAUGUGUCCAUCUUCUAAUUAGUCUCGAAGCAUUCUAGGUGUAUGUUAUUUCCUCUUUCAGAAUAAUCCAAUCAUAGUUAUAUUAAAAAUUGUACUUGCUCUUCCAUGCCUUUCAAUGGGGGCAAACAGGUGAAAAAAGGAAUGGUAAACGAGUGCUUCCUGGACUCCAAAAUUGGUUAAAAUAGUUUUUGUAAAAUAAAUAUGCAUAAUUCAAACAUAAUAAAAACUUUUUUCUC